UACAACUCUUCCGUGUCAACGUGUAUGGGAGUUAGGCUAAUGACAGUUUCAUUUUAACUUUACCAUUUAUAGACCAAUGUGAAAACAACUUAGCAACAACAUUGAUUAAUUAAAUAUUUUUAAAACCCAAUCGUAUCGUCAAAAUAAUAUAAACAUUUGUAGGUAAAUUACGCGUUACAAAGGUAUAGAUUGUUCGUACAAUAAGAUCGACAUAAAAGCGUUUGUUUUGAACUGAAUCGUGUUGGUUUCUCGUUUAGGAUUUACUUAUUUUUUACAGGCUAAUUAAACAAUGGGCGAGACGUGUAACAAGACAAGAAUUCUGUCAGUGGUGGUUGCUGCGCUUGUCUUGGUUUUGGCAGCCGUUGUUGCUGCGUUCAUUUACAGAGAGACAAGGAGCAUAAACGAUCAAAUAGGGAGACAUGCGGACAUGCGGACAGAGCUGAACGAAGACACUGUUAAGGAUCUUUACCCAGCCUUCUUCCGGAGUCAAGAAGAGCAACGCCUGUUCAAUGUAUCAUUCCAGCAGUCUUUUUACUUCAAUAGAACGGUUAUACAACCGACCGUGAACAGUAGUGAGACAUGUUCAUUCUCGUGUUUUCCCGUCAUCAUGGGAAGAAAAAAACGGCAGAGCACUAUCGGAGUACAGCAUGGAUGUUGUACAUCCAGGGCCACGUUCCAUGCCCCAACAAAUCACACCAACCUUAGAGGGCAGGUUCGCACAUUUCUGCAGUACGGGAGCAGGAAACAGUUUUUCACUGUUCAAUCAUGCACGGCGUUGAUUGGCUGCGAUGGGUGUGUGUGUUCUCAAGAGAAAAUGUAUGCACCGGCCGUGGUUUUGAAAAUCGGAGUUCAAAAGGCGGAUAACCUUGACCACACGGAGAUAGAUAUUUUCUCUUUCCCUGGCUGCUGCAAAUGUGUCAACACAUAAUAUAUUGAUUGUGAACAAAAUGUUUAUAUUUAGUUAUGGCUAGGAAUAGUUUUUUUGAUGCCAUUUGUAACUUUGAAUUUUUCUGUUAUCUGACGUGUUACAAAUAAUUUAUCCUAGGCUUUUUUUAGCUUUCGUGCAAACGUGUCAUCCAAAGAUAAAUUAAAUCUUUACCUUACUGAGAGCAGUGAACGUCCACGGGAAUCAGUUCCUGCUGUUGUAUUUAUAAAACAUCUGGAAACGUGUAAGAAUGACAGUUCAACAAAUACAAGACAUAGCCGUUUAAUCCAACAGAUAACGCGUAAAUAAAAAUCAUAGCAUAGUUUUAUUUCUGAUCAUGUUCAGCAUUUCAUUGAAAUGUUCUUGUUAACACUUUAUAUGACGACCAACGCUCGUUAUUAACAUUGAUUAUGAAUUCCUGAAUUUGCACGAUGAUGAUCUGAAAUAUUCACUGUAUGAUUCUAUAUUCUUAAAUCUUGUUUUUCUAAAAUGAAGGGGUAAAGUUGACACUUGUUCGUAAUUUCAUUGUAUCGUUCCUCAAAAAGUUGAAACUCUGUUGCUCUGGUCUGCUUCCUACCAUUGAGUAAUUAAAUGGUAAUAAAACUGUAUGCAUUUUAAUUCCAUUUUAUUAUUGUUUAAUUUGAAUUGCAAUUCUAUGAGGUUAAAUUUGAUUUACACUUAUAUUUAUCAAAAUAAUUGCUUGGCCAAGUGUGAGGUUGAGCGCUCUUAAACCGGUUUAAACCCCCAAUGCGUUGCAUUUGCCGUUCCAAAGCGGCGACCCCAGCUUUAUUCUUUUAUGCGUGUAUGUUGUUUUGUAUCGUGCUGUUUCGUACUGUUUGUGCAACUUGCCUCAAAUAAAUUACCACUAAUUGUAUAUUAUGAGAAUGCAAUACUGCUGCAGUAGCUGGAGUUUCACUUCUUUAUAUUCACAGGCAUCGAUGUUAAAUGAAAUGUUCAUUAACUAGUAUGCGAUUGUUUUGUUUACCGGACUUGGUAGCCGGCUAUUUAAAUGCAACAUAUGUUUACACUUAUUUCUAAAUUGUUAACAACAGUUGUCAAUUGUAUAUUGAUAUCUCAGUUGAAAAUCCGUCUCUUGAUGAACAAAGGAUAAUAAAUUUGAUAAAAAUCAAGGUCAGCUGCAACUCAAAGGUUUUACCCCAUAUUAAACACGGGGUCAAUAUAAGUGACAUCUGCAUGGCAUUAGGAAAUUCCAAUUAAAAAGUUAUUUGUUUGAUUUGUUCGCAUCUCUAUUGAUGGCAACGUGGACGUUUACCUUGAUUUUAAUACAUCGUUCAAUUGAGAAUGACUUCUUAAGACGAUUUAAAGGUCAAAGGAAGGUCAGGCUACUUCUCUUAUAAAUGUGUCACCUCUAUAAAUACGUUGUGAAAAUAUAUGUACAUGUGUUGUAAACCUUCCUAUGGUAAUACAUUGAAAAAAUAAAAAGAUCAAUCACCAAUCAAUUGCAUUCUUCAGUGCAUACAUACUGCUAUCUAAGCGCAUGCUUAAGAAGGUCAUCAGUCACAUACAUUAAAUCUAUGCGAGGACUUUACAAAUAUGUCAACAAGUAUGCGUUGGCAAUAUUAAUUAUCCAAAUACCACCGGAUAUUGGUAUUGGCUGGUAUAUGUGUUCACAAGAGUAAAGCCAGUCGUGGUUGUGAACCAUGAAGUUCAACAGGUGAAUUACCACUUCGGCUUCGCUGAAUCCAGUUUCAACAAUCAAACAUUCAAAUGUUUCAGCACAUAGUUAUAAUAAUGGAUUGAAUUACAAACAUGUUGAUGUUAUCAAUGUAUUAGUGGGGCUAUUUUUUCUUUGAUACCUUUUGAAAACGCCCAUUUUUCUGUACAAUAGCAGACAGGUGCUCUUUCAAGAAAGAUUCUAUAUACAGGUCUUAGUGGUUAGUAUUCAUAUGU